AUAGAGAACUGCACAGAAUACUUUUUAUUGCAGAUAGCCUCUACAGCUAAAACAUCUAAAACAUCGAAAACAUCGAAAACAUCGAAAACAUCUGCUCUUGCUGUUUUCCUCUCCUCAACAGACUUUGUUCCCAUCGCUGAAAAACCUCCGACACCGUCAAAAUGGCCAGCAGAGGAACUGUGAAACCCAGUUUAAACUUCAAUGCCACCUCAGAUGCUGAGAUGCUCUACAAAGCCAUGAAGGGGAUCGGGACCGACGAGGACGCCGUCUUGCAGCUGUUGACGGCGCGCAGCAAUGCUCAGAGGCAGGACAUCAAGACGGCCUACAAAACUCUGUUUGGAAAGGAUCUGAUAGAUAACCUGAAGGGGGAGCUGGGUGGAAAAUUUGAGACCCUGAUUGUGGGUCUGAUGACUCCACCCAUUGCUUAUGAUGUGACCUCACUCCGCAAUGCCAUCAAGGGGGCAGGAACAGAUGAGAAGGUUCUGGUGGAGAUCCUAGCCUCCAGAACACCUGAGCAGGUGAAGGAAAUCAUCAGUGCUUACAGACAAGAGUAUGACGACAACCUGGAAGAGGACGUAUCAGGAGACACUUCUGGUCACUUCAAGAGACUUCUAGUUAUUCUGCUUCAGGCGAACAAGCAGACGGGGAUCCAGAAUGGGAACAUCGAGAGCGAUGCUCAGGCCCUCUUCAAGGCCGGGGAGGAGAAGUUUGGCACAGACGAACAAUCGUUUGUCACCAUUCUUGGAAACCGGAGUGCAGAACAUCUCAGGAAAGUAUUUGACGCCUACAUGAAGAUGACUGGAUACGAGAUGGAGGAGAGCAUCAAGAGGGAAACCUCUGGAGGCCUGAAAGAUCUGCUUCUCGCCGUCGUGAAGUGUGCCAGGAGCGUUCCAGCCUAUUUUGCUGAGACCCUCUACUAUGCAAUGAAGGGUUGUGGAACUGAUGACAACACCCUGAUCAGAGUGAUGGUGUCUCGCAGCGAGGUGGACAUGUUGGAUAUCAGAACUGAGUUCAGGAGGAUGUUUGCUUGCUCUCUGUUAUCCAUGAUCAAGGGAGAUACCGGCGGUGACUACAGAAAGGCUUUAGUGUUGCUCUGUGGUGGAGAUGAUGCAUAAACAUGGUGACAAGCAUUUCAACAAGCAACACACCUGAAGUGCCUCUUCUUUAAAACUCUCUUGUUUGACAGAGACGGCCUCAUCAGGGCUUUUUAAACUUUGACCCCAAAUAUUGUCUUUGAAAGGUAGCUAACAUUUUGUUCAUGUCCACAUUAUUGCAGCUUUUUGCUGACUAAUAACUUCCAAUAUUUCUCAUAUUAUAUCAUUUAUGUACAAUGCUAAAGUAUCAGAACCCAGAUAUUUUGUUUGCACUUUGCAUGGCAGAAACAAUACAUGCAAUAAUAAACAUUUCAGAAGAUGAAA